AUGCCACCUACCUUAAACAAAUUUCAACAAAAUUCUUGUUCAUAUUAUUCUCCAACUAAUUAUUCAACCUGUUAUCCUUUUAAAGAAAUUCAACGACAAACAAUCAUACAAACCAAUUCUUUGGAAGUUAUAGAUAAAUAUCUGAAUAUUUAUAUAACACAAUAUAAUAACAAAUCAUCAUUGUCUGGGACAAUACUUUUUGGAUUUGAUCUUAAAUGUUUGAAAAGGAGACAAAUCGAUAAUCAGAACCAAAGUCAAAAAUAUGUAGAAUUAAAUUUAAAUGGGUUAUUAGUUAGAUUACAAAAUAUAGAGUCAAAAAAACCAAAACCAUUUCAAUAUUUAGAUUCAAUUGUUCAUGCUUGCGAUAAGUUUUUAAUUACAUGUAAUGGAUAUCGCCAACUUGCUGCUAUUAUGCCUAAUAUAGAAUUUCAAGUAGGCUCUAUAAUACCAAAUGGCGCUUAUCGAUCAUUUAAAGAUAUUUUACAUAUUAUAGUUUCUAAAUUGGCAUAUAAUAAUUUACCAGUCCUACAAAUAGGAGACAUUAUUCAUAUUAAAUUAAGUGGAGAUAGCUGA